GGAUGCCCUCAAGCUUAUAGAACAGAAGCUGAAGCAAAAGCCUGCAGAAGCAAAAUCCGUGGUUUCUUCACUUCCCCUACACCAAGCUGGAAUGCCUUUAUCUGCACCAUCAGCGAGCAUGCCCAUUAAAGCUUCACGUCCUCCAGUUGCCCCUGUCUCUGUUCCUGGCCGGCUAGCUUCCAUGAGCCCGUUCACUGAAAUCCCUGCUAGUGACACAAGAAGAGUUAUUGCUAAGAAACUAACAGAAUCAAAGACCACUGUACCUCAUGCAUAUGCAUCGGCUGAUUGUGACCUUGGUGCUAUACUAAAUCUAAGGCAAGAGCUGGCAAAAGAUGAUGUUAAAGUAUCUAUAAAUGACUUUAUUAUCAAGGCAACUGCAGUUACCCUGAAACAAAUGCCAGAUGUGAACGUGACCUGGAACGGAGAAGGCCCCCAGCAAUUGCAAUCUAUAGACAUUUCUAUAGUUACGGCAACAGACCAAGGUUUCAUUACACCUAUCAUAAAGGAUGCUGCAUCCAAAGGAAUUCAGGAAAUUGCUGCUUCUGCAGAGGCUUUAGCAAAAAAAGCAAGAGAUGGGAAGUUACUUCCAGAAGAAUACCAAGGGGGAUCUUUGAGCAUCUCAGAUCUUGGAAUGUUUGGAAUCAACAGUUUCAUUGGUCUCGUAAUGCCUCCUCAAGCCUGCAUCUUAGCUGUGGGAGGAUCUCGGACAGAACUCACUGUUGUGGAGGAUGAAGAUGGGAAUGAAAAGCUUCAACAACACCAGCUCCUAACGAUAACUCUGUCAAGUGAUGGUCGAGUGAUCGAUGAUGAACUAGCUUCUAAAUUUUUAGACACGCUCAAGGCAAACUUGGAGAAUCCAAUGCGUCUUGCUUUGUGUUAAAAGAUCAAGAUUUCAUCCUGUGUCCGGCAAAAUAUUUAAACUGAAUCCCAAAAGAAGAAAAGGCAACUAGGCACAGAAGCUAGGAAAAUAUGUAUAGUGUGACAUGGACAAUUUAGACUGCUUAUUUAUUUAAAUAAACUUUAAAAGAUGUUUAAUGAUUUCUAUCUCUUGGCUUUUAUAUAUUGAAGUACUGUUAUGCAUGUUACAUCUACAAAACAGGUUCAGAGUAAGUUUAGAGUGUAUUCUAAUACAAAUGGGUGUUGCCUAUAUACCACGUAGAACCCUUGGGUAAGAUUGAAUAGAUGUAUAAAAAUACUAAAAGGAAAGAAGACCAAUUUUCCUUCAAGCUACACUUUUAUCUAGGCUGAAUACAAACCAUCUUUUUAGUCUAACCAGACUGAGAUGGCAAAAUGUAAUUGGUCUGAGUCAUCAGUGUUGCUGUUUAAUUAAAAAAAGCAAUUAGAAUAGGAUUCAGCUAUAAGAAUCCAACUAUAUGAAGAAUUCUCUGCAUACUAAAUACAGUGACUCUUAAUAAUGAUAAAUAGUUAUGAGAAGAAAAUAUAGGGUGCCAAGAUUCAAUUACAUAACAAUAUUAGUCAUUAGACUUAAAGUACAUUCUACACUUUAUUCCUGUUAAACAUGUUUUCCACCUACAGUUCAUGGUGAUAUGUCUUGUUGUGAGCUUUUGAAAACAAUGGUUUCAGAAUAAAAUCUGAACUUAGAUGUUUGCAGUGGAACUGGUGGCAUUGGAUUUUCCUCUUGGCAGUGCUUCAGUGCGCCCAAAUUUCAUGGACCCAUUCUUUUCAGGUCUAUAUAUAGUAGGUAUAACUUUCAGGCUGAAGGAAUUGCUGCUGCUUGUAUAUAAAUCUGAUUUUAUCUGUAUGUUUUCAAGUGCAAAAGUAAUAUAAUUGUAAGAGUGCCAAUUAGCAUGCAUAACCCUUAAUCCAUCUUUUAACUGUAUUUGGAUAUUUAAAUAUAAGUGAUUGUUAUUAUGUUUUGUUUGAAUACACAGAAUUAAAUUUCAGCUAGUCAGUUCAAUAUGGAAAAUACUUUUGUUGUCCAAAUAUAACUUGUCAGAAUGUUCA